AUGGAAACUCAGUGGAAGAAGGAGAAUGCUAUUGGCGGGAUCGCUCAUGCUCCCGCUGUUUCUGUUGUCACAGAAGUCGGUGCUGGCCCUUUUGGUGCUCCCACCCGACUUCUCCAACCUGCUGCCAACCCCAUCAGCGUCUUUGGUGCUCCCUUAGCGCCUUUUUCACAAGACGUUGGGACCACGACUACUUCCAACUCUACCACUGACAUCCCGCAUGACACUGGGACCCACGUUUAUCCAACCACGCCUAUCUCUAUUGACGCUCAGGCUACUAAUACUCCCUCCGUGUCUGUCAAAAAGACUGGGACCACUGAUGUUCCCAGCUCACCUAUCCAUACUGACGCCUAUGUUGGCACUAUCACUGUGCCCAAUUCGCCUUCUGUGGUGGCCACCUAUGUUGACACCAUGGACAAUCCCACCACUCACUUCAGUGCAGAAACCCAUCCCACGUCCAGCGGCACUAAAAGCCUGACUAGGACCUUGGGUAAUUAUUUAAAUCUACCUUCAUCUAUUCACGCUGACGAUGUUGUUGAUCCGUCAGCGGUACAGAACCUUAUCCCACCUAUUGAGACCCUUUCGCCUACCACCAUGUCCAAUGGCAAGGGUAACCUUGUGUCUAACGAUUGUGCUAUCUCUCGUGUUAACAGUGAAGGACCCUCGACGCUCGCGAACGUUGCGUUUAGCGACAACGCUAACGAAUCUAGCGCUCCUACACUGGACCCUAACCUCGCGAACCCAGACUCACAUGGUCCUCGACCCGAAGACAAUGUUAAUGUUAACAUUUCUGACGGCCGUUCUGAUGACAACGAGCCCGAUGACACGUCUAAGGAGGAAACCAUGCUGGGUGAUGCUACUGACUCGAACGAUACGUUCGAUGUCUUCUAUGCCCACCCCAUGACUGUCGAACAGCCUCCCGCAUACUUAACUUCGACUUGCGAGCUCUACUCCGAGUGA